GGUGAGCUGACCAUUUGGGACAGAUUUAUGGGCUGCGGAAUUGAGUUGGAAUUGUGGAGUAAGAAACAUCGUGUUGGCUUCCAAACUCUCAUAGACGUGUGCAAAAACUGUUUAGCAUCACUUCGUGAAGAAGGGGGUAGAUGGAACCGUGCUGAGUUCCAACGGGUCAAGGAUGUGCUGAUGGACCUUCUUCAUAAGCAGAGUAUAUUUUGGCAGCAAAGAGUUCUGGAUCGGAGAAGGCGAUAGGAACACAAAAUUUUUCCAUAACGCUGUCAAGCAAAGGAGAAGGAGAAAUAGACUGAAAGGUUUAUUGACUUCGGUGGGUGAAUGGGAACGUGAUAGAGGCAGACGGGGGGAUGAUCUGUCAUUAUUAUGAGGAACUUUUUGGGUCCAGCAGAUCGGAGGCGAAUGGCUGUUCUGUGGAAGGGCUAGCAAGAGUGACCAGGAUUCAGAAUCAAGCGUUGCACAGUCCUAUUACAACAGCAAAAGUGAAAAAGGCAGUUUUUGCUAUGCAUCCUGACAAGGCCCCCGACCCAGAUGGUUUGAAUCCCGGAUUUUAUCAGCAUCAUUGGGACAUUAUAGGGGCAGACAUUGUCAGGUGUCAAGAUGGAUCUCAACGCCUUCGCCAACCUCAAAAAACAGAAGGCGAAGGUGUCGGGCCAGAAGGAGCCCGCAAAGCAGAAGCCCCUCGGGGAGACGAAGAAAGGCGGUGAGCCCUCGGGGGAGGCCGC